AUGUCACCUUUCUGGCUCGCGGACGAGCUUAUCGGGAGCGUGUCUGACUUCAAGGCUCACCACUCCAGGGACUUCUCCGUAUCGUCUACCCAAACCCUUACCAACGGGGGUGACGACACCGGCAGCCUUGCACGGCUCCAUUCAACGAGCCUGGGAGAAGCGGACCGGUAUGCUACCUUAGCUGAUCUAUUAAUCGACUCGGCGCCGCACCUGAGGCAUUUAGCUACCGUCAAUGCAGACGACUCGAAGUCCCGGGUCGUGUCUUUCCCUCCCGGCCGCCAUCCUGUUACUCCCGUAGAGGAACAGCGACACCCGGGAAAGCAGAUCAACAGCACCACGAAGCUGGACGCUCAAGAACCUCCCAGCGAUGAGUCAAGCCAGCAAACCUCCUCUACCGACGGCGAAAGCGCCGACCAGAAGGAUGCAUUCUUACAGGGAAUUCCCUUAUUAUUACUUACCAUUGGUCUCUCAUUAGUUGUUUUCUUAAUCUCUAUAGAUCGUACUAUUAUUACAACCGCCAUUCCUUUUAUCACCUCCGAGUUCAAAUCCACGUCGGACAUCGGUUGGUAUGGGUCAUCAUAUCUCCUUACGGCGUGCGCCUUCCAGCCCGUCUUCGGACGAGUCUUCACUCUCUUUAACCCCAAAUGGGCGUAUCUCCUAUCCAUGUUUGUUUUCGAAAUCGGAUCUAUCAUCAGCGGAUUCGCGCCGUCUUCCGCCUCUCUUAUCAUUGGACGCGCAAUUGCUGGCUUCGGCAGCGCGGGUAUCCUGACUGGAAGUUUCGUUAUUGUUGCUACGGCUGUGCCUUUGACUGUCAGGCCGAUAUAUACUGCUGUUGUUGGGUUAAUGUUCGGCGUUGGCGCAACAGUGGGACCUCUAAUCGGAGGCGUAUUUACAGAUUUAGUCACGUGGCGAUGGUGCUUCUGGAUCAACCUUCCCGUAGGCGCCGUGACGAUUAUCGUCAUGAUUCUCGUAUAUCACCCGCGCCCACACAAGGGACCUAGGCCCAAAAUCAUGGACCGCCUUGUCAAACUCGACCUCGUCGGCAACGUCAUCCUCCUUGGCUCAGCCGUAAUGCUGUUCCUAGCCCUCGAGUACACGCUCACGGGCGCGGACUGGGCGAGCGCCGAGAUCAUCGGGCUGCUCGCCGGCGCCGGCGUCACGGCCAUCGUCUUCGUGGCGUGGCUCUGGUGGAAGAAAGACGGGGCCUUAAUCCCGCCGGCGAUCGCCAAGCAGCGCACGGUGGCGGCGUCCUGCCUCAUGGCCUUCUUCACGUACGGCGCGCUCCUCAUCCACACCUACUUCCUGCCGAUCUGGUUCCAAGCCAUCCUCGGCUACUCGGCCAUCGAGUCCGGCGUCGCCAUGAUCCCGUACUUCGUCGCCAACGCGCUCUUCUCCGUCUUCUCCGGCGUCUUCGUCUCCGUCGUCGGCUACUUCACCCCGCCCGCCAUCCUCGGCUCCGCCGUCGGCACCGUCGGCUGCGGCAUCAUCACCCUGUUCAACCCGGGCAUGGCCACCGCCUCCUGGAUCGGGUUCGAGAUCCUCGCCUCCGCCGGCUUCGGCAUGUCCAUACAGCAGGGCUUCACGGCCGUGCAGACCGUGCUCGCGCCCGCCGACCUCGCCGUCGGCACCGCGUCCGUCGUCGCCUCGCAGUCGCUAGGCGGCGCCGUGUUUAUUUCCGUCGGUAACAGCGUGUUUCAGAACCGCCUCGAGGCGCUCGUCCAAGAGACCGAUAUCCCCGGCGUCGACGUGCGCGAGGUCAUCCGCGCCGGCGCCGUCGCGUUCCGCGACGUGGUGCCCGAGGCUGAUUUGCCGGCGCUGUUAAAGCUGUAUGAUGCCGCGCUGCAUACGGUGCUCGUUGUUGCGGUGCCGCUUGGCGCGUGCGCGUUCUUGGCGUGUUGUGCCUUGCAGUGGAAGAGUGUGAAGAGGCCGCCGCCGCCGAAGAAGGAGGGGGCUGGGGCAGGGGCGGAUGGGGAUGCAGGUAACAAGGUGUAUGUGCAUGCGCGGGUUGGGGAUUGUUUAUGUUAUGCGAUGGGUUGA